AUGUUAUCACAAGUUUCGAGCAGGACAUUGCUCCUGAUCCCAAUCCUUCUACACCAGGCCUUCACCGUUGCCAACGCCCAGGGAACCAGCAAUAUGCCACCACUCAACGUGACGGCCAUAUCGGCCUCAGGGGGAGACUCGACGCUCGAGUGCUGGCAGUUCGGCCCCUUUACGUCGGUGACGGCCCCGGGAGUAAACGACGCCUCGGCGCUGCUACUCACCCAGUCAGCCACGCAGGUCAACUACGCCAUGUUUCCAGCAGGCUCGACGGGGGGACUACACCGGUCACCGCGCAUGCAGUUCGUCGUCUUUAUGACGGGCAGGGCACGCAUCACGCUGCCGAACGGCAACGGCACGUACGAGGUCAACGGUGGCGGGAGGGGCUGCAUGAUCGUGUCGGCAGACACCUCAGACGUUAGCAGACUCGGCCACACCACCGAUUACCCCGGCGAUACGCCGACCGGGGUCAUGCAGGUGCCCAUCACCAACGGGAGGCAGGGCUUGGGCAGGUACAAGGUUCUACAUCAAGGGAGCUGCACCGAAGAGGAGCUCGGUGGCACCGUCACAACGCCUGCCGACGGCGGUGGUUAUAUAGAUGGUUAG